GGUUACAAUCAUAUAACUUCACUGUCCAAUCUUUUAAACAUUCCAAAUAUGCAGGUGGAGACAGUUGAAUUCAAGAUGGAUGUUUCUGAUGAAAACAUCAAACGGGAAGUUAUGAAAAUUGUCUGGAUGCCAGGAGUUACUUUCGUAGACAUCAAGGAAAAAGGUAUAUUAAAGGUGAAGGGAAAAUAUGAUAAGAUUCAAAUGGGGAGCAAACUUCAUGAGCUAGAUAACUCUGUUGACAUUAUCAACCAAAUGGGAAAAACGGGGCAAUAUCGCAUUCCGAGUUUAACUUCAGUCUACAGUUAUUUUACCACUCCAAAUAUACAGGAGGUAGUUGUAUUCAAGUUUAAAGUUCUUGAUGAAAAAAUGAAACUUGAUGCUAUGGAAGUUAUUUGGGAGUUUUCAGGAAUUACUUCAGUAGAGGUGAAGAGAGAUAAUCAACUAGAGGUGAAGGGAGGAGAAUUUAAUAAAAUCGCAAUGUCGACGAAGCUAAAGGAAAUAGAUGAAUCUGUUAGCGUUAUCAUCAAGUCUGGACCAGAUGGACAAGUUGAUGUGACAAAUAUUAAGAUCAACAAUGCGAGAAAAACUUCACGUGUCCCUGCUCCUGUACCUGUUCGUGCGCCUGCCCCUACGCCUAAACCUGCCCCUGCGCCUCCUUCUGUUCCUGCGUCUGUGGCUGCUUAUGCGAACAUGCGUCUUUAUGUGCAUAAAACACCAAUUUGGAAAAAGUGCUUUCGAGCAAUUUCCUGUGGACUUUAUCGUUGAAAUCGGUCACUGGAAUGACUGGAUAAAGGAGUCAAUUAAUUUGUUGUAAUGAACAUUAUAAGAUAUCCUAUUUACAAUUGAAAAUCGAAG